GAAAAUUCCCCUAAGAGAAAAGAAAUAUAGACGUUUAAAAACAACGAUGCUUGCAAAUGAAGUUCUUAAAGACAUUCUUCUGUGCUUUACACUACAUUCAUUAAGUUCCAUGAGUCAAUAUUGCCCUGCAACUCUUGGCACUAAGAAUUAUGUACCGUCUUGUCCAGGAAAUAAAAGUGAGUGGGAGAUUGCAUCACAGAGAAAGAACUGUGCUGUUAUACCACAAAACUGUACAGCUUCAAACAACUUUGUAUAUCACUGUCUCCGAACUAAUCAGAAAAAACUAAUUGAAGUUUGCAGUUUACGUGUUACAAUUACAUUCCCUGUGUGUCCACAGUUCAAUGAAGGAGAAAACUUUGUUGUGGAAGACCACUUUACCGACUGUAGCACAUACACGCCUCCUUGUCCACCACGAUAUGAUUCUACUGAAGCAUAUAAAUAUCCCGGGUGUUUCGAUGUGCCCGAUAUCACAUCCACAACAACAAUUACAGAAGAUCGUACCACUCCUGCAUUUUUAUCUACAAGCCAAAGUUCAAUGAUUCAGAAAGAAAAUAAAUCACAAUUGUCCGAACAAACAGAAUAUGAAGAAUUUUUUUUCAAACACAAGCAGCUUCAUUUGUCGCUUAUUGUUGCUGCAGGAGUUUUUGUGCCGGUUAUAACAAUUUUAUGCCUUGUCAUUCAUUUUAAAAUAAGAGUGUUCGAUAAGAAGAAAAGGUAUGCUAAGGAUUUAAUGUACAUUGUCUCUCCUGAAACUGAACCGAUUAGUCUUGUACGACUUUCACAAGAACAUAUACAACAAGAAACUUCAGCUUCAUCAAUAACUGAAAAUGAGGUGAUAGAACCAGUUUACAAGCCUCAUAUAGAGGGAAAACCUCCUCUCUCUUUUGUGGACCUCUUAAUGGAGUAUGCAAGGACAGUGACAUGUAAAAAUAAAGAUGAAGAAGAAAAUUCAGACAUACUGGAAGUUUUGGAGGAGUGCUUUGUAAGAAAACUAGGAGUAGAUGUUCUACGUCACGGAAGCCUGGUAGAUAAGAUCACAGAUAAAGAGAAACUAGCAAGUGAAAUAAGCGUGCCGAUAGAAGUAGUGAACUGGGAGUCCGAUGCAAGGUGCAGAUACGCAGGAUAUGCUAAAGAGGGGACACAAACAAGGCACAUAGCUACUGCAAUGAUUGUUGGGGGUCGUGGAGCUGGAAAAACUCUACUGAAAGGUCUGCAAAGACACAUCUUCCAGGAAUUGCAUCAACCACGGUCGACAGUGGAACAGGGGUUAGACGUUUACGAAGAUAUAUAUGAAGUAGACAAAGAUACUUAUUAUUUAAAAGCUUUUUCAGAAAAAGCGGAAGCAAAAAAUAAAGUACUUCUGAAUGUUUGGGAUUUUGGUGGCAAUGAUGCAUAUUACACAUGUCAUCAUAAUUUUCUCAGCAGAAGAGCAUUUUAUGUUCUUGUGAUCAACUCGUCUAAAUCGUUUUAUGAAAAAGUCGAUUGUACUUUUUGUGAUCAGGAAGGAGCAAUGUUUUAUGGAUGGAUAUAUGGAGAUUUCAUUAAAUAUUGGUUGCAGCUGGUCCACUUAUACAAUGAUGCUGACACUCCUGUUGUUAUAUUAGCAACGAAUGAGGAUGGUGGGCAGACUAAAGAAAAGGAAUGCAAGAGAGUUUAUGAUGAUUUACUGGAAUGCUUGAAAUUUGAACCCGAGCUUCAGAAUCAUUUGGACAGAGAUCACUUUUUGGACCUUGCAUUAACCGAGGACGAUAACGAAGCAACACUACUGAGAGUCGAAAAAUGUCUUGCCUCUAUUGCCUUGAUGGACCGAUGGAAAAUAAAUAUACCAGAUACUUGGGUUUACUGCGAGAACGCCCUUAGAAAAGUGAGAAAAAGAAAAAUUCUUACUUUUUCAGAAUUUUCUGAACAACUUUCAAAUGGAAAAUUUGACAAAGAAAAUAUCUUUGAUUUGUUGCGCUUUUGCACGGAAAUAGGAACGAUUUUGAAUUUUAGAAAGGAACCUCUGACAGACCAUAUUAUACCAAACGUUCAAUGUUUUGCAGAAAGCUUCAGUAAAAUGAUAACAAAUCCAAAGUGUGCUCCAGACGAAAUGAAAAUCAAUGAAAAUUGCCAAUACUCAAUCGAUGGGGGUUAUAUAUCAUACGACUUUUUAAAUCGAAUUUUGGAAAAGGAGAUGGACGUUGAAGAAAUAAAAUCAACUUUAAGGUAUAUGCAACACCUAGGAUUGAUAGUAGUAGGUGACACGGCUCAUUAUGUCCCUUGUUUAAACAAACUAGAUUUUGGAGAAGACGUAAAACAAAGUAUCUCGUCUUUGAGCGAUAGAACAUCUGUUUUGGUUUUUAAUUUUAAAUUGUCGCCACACUGCUUUUAUUAUCGGCUGAUUGCUGCUUGUAUGGCAGAUCCAAGAUGGUCUGUUGUUCAGGAUAGUGGAUUGAAAUAUCUCUUCAAAAAUCUAGCAUGUUUCAAAUUCAAAGAUCAUAUUAUUGUCCUUACUCUCACACGAACCACUAUUCAAGCUCAGAUAUUUAGGGAAGGCAAUCCGCUGUGUCCAAAGAGAACACAGAUAAUACGAAAUCAUAUAGAAGAAUGCCUGAAAACAAAAGAAUGCUCUCAAAAGAAGUUUUAUACAGUUGGCUAUCAGUGUUCAGAACAGGACGUUUUUGAAGAAAAACUAUCGUGUUUUCUUUUGGAAAGCUACAUUGAUGGAAAAGGCAAGUUCGAUUGCCCCCAACAUGAGACGGAGGGCCACCAUUUUAUACAUGAAAACGAUCUGCUUCGUUUUUGGAAAGUCAAUACUUCAAUGGACGAAGAUGGUGGGAAAGGAUCAAAAGAAGCAAGAAAACAAUCCCUAGGUGGGUACGUCGUUCAGAAUGCCAUUCCAGAAUCCAUGGUGGAUCUACUAGCCAAUCUAGAGUCGCAGAUUGAUAAAGUUAACUUGACCAUAAAGGCCAUAAGAAAGCAUUACCCGGAGGACGAUUCAGCCUGUUAAGGAAAUUUUUUUCAACGAUAUAAUUUCCUGCGCUGUGUCUAAAAUAGUUGUGCUAUUUUAGAUGCUUUCUUGUUUAAGUUGUUGGAAACAAGCCUCUUGUGAUGUGAUGUUUUUUACUAGAUUAUAAGAUAAAUUGCCAAAAAUCGACAUACAAAAAAUCUGAUACCGACAAUUUAUUUCAUGUGUUUGUUCAUAUUUCAAUUUCAAUAAUAAUUAACAGAAUUGAAAUACUGAUGUAGAAUAUUUUGUACAUAGGAAAAAUAUAUUGGAACUAUAAGAAAUCAUUGUUGUUCUGAAAUUUCGACAAAUGCGAAGUAGUUUUUCAAUUUUUGAUUAAGUUUGUUAUGGAUGUAGUCAAAACUGAUUUUUUGUGACCUUUUAUCCACCGGGUAAAUCAAAAGAUUUGUGUUCACAUCUCUCAUAAUUUAUGUAUAUUUACCAUGUUUACAUUCUGAAAUAAUGUAUGUUAUGCUGAUUGCCCCAAGAAUGCUUAAAAGUGUUUAAUUACCGAGUUUCAGAAGAAAAUGUAAAUUGUUUUUAAAAAUGAUAGAAAAAUUUUUUACUGUAAAUUGUGUAAGACAGUUCCUUUGAAGGCAGAGACUUUUUUUUUUAUUUAAAUGACUUUUUCAUUCAAUAGUUGCAAACAUGCAAAA